AUGGAAAAUAGAAUGUCAGAAGAUGUUGAAAAAAUUGAAAAAGAAAUAGAAAUUGAAUUGAGCAGAAUCAGUGUUUCUUCUUUUGAAGCAGAUGAUCCUGACACAGAUAUAUCAGAAGAAGCUUUGAGCAACAGUGAGCCAAUUUCAGAUGACUUGCCAGAAUCAGUUUUGUCCUAUUUAAACUUUAUAAAGAAGAGAAAUCAAGAUGCUGAAAGACUUAUACUGCAAGACUUAGAAGAUGAAGAAACUACAGGUAGUGUUUAUGAAGUGGUUUCUAGCCAUACUUCAGACUACUUGGCAGAGUUGGCUUUGGAAUAUAAUGAAGAUCCAGAAGAAUUAAAAAAAAGGGUAUUGUCUGAAAUCGAAAAUGAAGACUUGCUGAUUGCUACAACUCCUGAUUGUAGUACUCAGUCUAUAAGUGAUGAUGCUAUUAAAGUGGUCACUGAUGAACAUUUUGUUGCAGCUGAUGUUGACAUGAGCGUAAGCUUUACCUAUCAUGAAGUAGAAGAAAAAUGUAGGCAAGAAGUUGAGCAAUGGGAGGAAAAACAAAAAGAACUUGAAGAUGAGAAAAGGAAAAAGUGGAAGACUGAGAGGGAAGCACAGGAAAAACAGAAUGAAGAGGAACAAGCAAAAAGGCUGCAGCGUCUGGAGGAAUUUGAGGCUGAAAGAACAAAGUUAGAGCUUCUUCAUAAGAAACGACAAAGUAUGAUGGAAGAUGAGUUACAGAAAGAAAAGAAAGUUUGGAGAGACAAACUGAUGCAACACGAGGAAUUGAUCAUGAAACUACAGUUGCAAGUGGAAGAGGAGGAAAAGGCCUUUGAAGAGCAGAAAGCAAAACAAAGACAACACUUGGCAAAGCAACGGAAUGCAGCAGCUGUGAAAAUCCAAGCUAGAUUUAGAUCAUUUUUAGUCCAUAAAAAAUAUGCUCCCAUCUUAAAAGAAUGGAAAGAUAAAAUUAAAAGGGAAAAGGAAAUACAGGAAGAAAUAGAGAGGGAAAUGAAAGAAAGGGAGGAAAAAAUGAAGAGGCGUAUGGAAGAAAGGAAGCAAAAAAAAGAAGAGAAAAUGAGACAACAAGAACUAGAAAGACAGAAACAUUUGGAACAGGUGAGGAGGCGUGAGGAAUAUGAGAAACAGAAAGUAAGCCUGAGACUUGAAAGAGAAAAACAGUUGCAGAUAAGAAGAGAAGAACAGAGAAAAUUAAGAGAAAAAGCAGCAGGAGCUAUGAUGAAUGAAGGUGAAGAAAAGGAUGAAGAAAACAUAACAGAGGAAAAUUUAGGAGAAAAUAAAAAAGCAAUAAGGGAACAGAAAAAGGAACUGAGUAAACAACUAGUGGAACAAGAAGAAAAGCAAACUGAAAAGAUAGAUGAAACAAGUGAUUGGAUGAUUCCAGUAAAAAGAAAGUUGACAUCACCAGUACCAAGUAUAUUAAAUUCUGACAAGAAGGAACACUCUUCUCAAAUCAGUAAUGAGGAUUUAGAUAAAAAUUCAUUAAUGUGUGCAGAAAAAAGUUACUCAGAAACUGGAAAUCUUAACAAAGCUACAAUUACAUGUACUUCAAAGAAUGAAUCUGAUGAUUUUAGAGCUAGUGAUGUGGUAGAAAAUAAGGUAAAUAAUACAAACAGUAGUCCACUGAAUGCCCAGCCAAAUGCCAAUAAUAGAGAAAUGAAAGAUCAAUUUUCUCAGUCUGAAACAGUGAAGACGGCAUUGUUUCUAAUGGAAGAUUCUAAUGAGAAAGUUGGUGAGAACUGGGACAGAAUUCAGGAUGUAACUAAGUAUUCCAAUAAACUAGAAAUUCUUCCUGAUGAUAUUGAAAAGAAGAGAUUAAAUUGGAUGAAGACAUGUAAGCUGUGGUCUAAAAUAUAUGGAGAAAAUCAAAGAAAGAAAGUAACUAAAAAAAAACAGCCAAGGAAAAGUUCAGUUAACAAGAUGCCUCCAUUAAGUAUAGAAAAGAUCAUUAAUAGUGGCCCUUGGAGCACUCUGCAGCAGGUCACAAUACUGACACUCGAAGAUUUACCAGAAUGUAGCCUCUGUACAUUAUCUGCAUGUGAAAACCUUCAAGUACUGACUCUCAGACGCUGUGGACUAGUUGCACUGGAAGGACUAAGUAACUGCAAAGACCUAAAGUAUAUCAAUGUGGAGGAAAACAACAUUCAGAUAAUAGACUGUGAGAAUCUAGAAAAUCUCUAUAUUCUAAUUCUGAAUAAGAACGAUCUUUCAUCAGUUUGUGGCCUAGGUGGCUGCAGAAAUCUCCGAAAUCUUGAACUUUCCUACAACAGAAUCACUCGAAUUGGUGGUUUGGAGUCACUGAAAAAUCUUCAACAGUUAAUCGUGGAUCAUAAUCAGUUAAUCACUACAAAAGGUCUUUGUGAAGCACCUACCCUCAUGCACCUAGACUGUUCUUUUAAUCAUCUCACACAAGUUGAAGGCAUUCAGAAUAGUGGCCUACUUCAGAUUCUGAAGUUACAAGGCAAUAAUCUUGAGGAGCUUCCACGGCUGGAAAAUCAUGUUCUGCUAAGAGAACUCUAUUUGGAUGACAAUAGCAUCUCUUCGAUGAGAACAUUUUCUUUGUAUUGGUUGCCUUUGUUGCAGAUUCUUUCGCUGUCUCGAAAUAGUUUGACUGAGCUUGUACCUUUAAAUUCAUGUGUAUCUCUGGAAAAACUGGAUAUCAGAAAUAACCGCUUGUCAGACCUUAAAAGUGUCAUUAUAUGGUUAAAUGGCUGCCAUAAACUGAGUGAGUUGUCACUCAGUGGAAAUCCAUUUCUCCAAGAAAGGACCUGGAGGUCUUCCCUAUUUAAUGUUCUUAAUAAUUUACGAUUUCUUAAUGGUGAAAACUUAAAUUAUACUUUACUCACAACUGAAAGAAUCAAAGAAUCAAAAUCAAGAACUUUCCUGGAACUUUGUCAAUCUCAAAUUGAAGAAAAUGUUCUGCUUAAAAAAAAAGCUGCCAAAUUGGGAAUAGCCUCUUCCAUUGAUGAUGCACAGAGACAAUGCUGGUAUUUUAAUCAGCUGAUGAAACUUAGUAUCGAACAUCGAUGUGCACACGAGUAUGGUGAACUAAACAUUACUGACAGAGAUGGACCAGAAGCACUGCAAAAUCAUUUAAAACAAACAUCCACUGACUGCCUACAGGAACAUAACCUCUUUAUCAUGGGUGCGACAGAAAAUAAACAGGUCUCGUUGGAUCCUUCUGAAAGAUGGAUUACUACGGACCAUAUUCAGGCUGCAUUCAUUAACUCCUCCGUACCUGAGCACCAAAAGGAAAAUAAAGAUGAUCAUCGAAUAAAGCAAGAGAACACUGAAUCGCAUAUUAAUUACGAUGGGGAGAGCAAAAACAACAAUAACAUGUCAGCCCAAUUCAUGUUGCAACAGUCAGUUAUAGCAAGUAAUAUGGGAAGAAAUCUCCAGCAUUUUGAGAAUGUUACAGAAAAGCUACAUAUAGCAGCAUCAGUGAUCCAGUCCAUUUGGAGGACAUACCAUGCCAGGAAGAAGACUGGCUGUACCAAAACAGCUUUGAGUGAUCAGUUUACAGAUGCCGCAAGAAGGAAGCAUGAAGCUGCCACAAUAAUUCAGGCAUUCUGGAAGGGCUUUCUUUUGCGAAAGAAACUGGCCAGUGCUCUUUCAGCUGUUAAAAGUGAUGAAGUGGAGGAUGACUAUGAAGAAAUAACUGUGGAUGAUUACACCUUUCAUGAAGCUGCUUUAGAGAAGGACUGGCUAACUCUAGAUACCACCAGUUUCCCUUCAAAAACACUCCUGCUCUCAAAUCAGCUGGACUGGCCAAAGUAUUCUAGGCCUUCAAAUUCUAGUGAACAUUCAAUUAGUUUGCCAUUAGCACCACAUGAAGCUUGGCAAUGUGAUGACAGACCACAUUCAUGCUCACCAGAAAAUGUGCACUUUCAUAGCAGAUCAGAGAAGGGAACAAUGGCACAGCUCUCUGACUUGAAAGAAAAAAAGAAAUUUUCAUUCUGGUCAGAAAAAGAAGAAAAAAUUUCUGAAGAAUGGGGUUUUAAAGAUAUUUCUACUGCACAGCUAAUGCUGAAGAGGGCCCAUAAAAUGAAACCCAAAAAAUUUAGUAAUAAAAAUUUAGACCCAGCUGUGCGCCUGGCGUUGUUCAAAAACAAUGAAAAUAAACAUCCCCCUGUGAAACCACCAAGGAAGACGCAGCCUGUAAAUAUUGGUUACUUUGAAGAUAAGAGAGAAGAAUUUUCUCGGAUGGAUACUGCUUUAAAUGAUAAAUUACUACGGAGAAAAGACUUUACAUACCAAUGGCUUCAUACACAGGUUUGGGAUUAUGAAGCAGACAGUUCCAGAAAUAUGAAGUGCAAUCAUUUUUUGCCUGUGUUAGAUCCUGCGAUAUGCAAUGGUAGACGUGUACAGCUUGUGGCAAGCCCUGUAAGCAGAGAAGACACGGAUUUAGACCUUGUUUCCAUGACCAGUGGAAGUGCUUUGACUCAGGACAGAGAAAAAAAUAAUCAGCCACACAGACAUUCAGCAAGAUCGCCAAAAAAGAAUAUAUCUACUCCAGAAAGAUCGCAUUUGAGUCCCUCUCGUAAAGAACGGAUAUCAUUUCGAGACCAUCCAGUGCAACUCAGCGGAGGAUGGGGAACAGGCAAAAAAAGGCAAAAGCUUAAAAAUAUUAGUUGA